GAGCGGGUCGUCAAUGGUGUAGUCUAAAAUCCAAUAUUGCCUUAAGGGCAGUUUCCCCUGGACUCUCGGUUCUUAACCUUCAUGCCCCCCUCACUGGCUUGACAUGCUCUUUGGAAUAUUAGUAUCUUUAUGUUUGUCUCUAGAAGCGACUGCACUUCCGUCAUACGGAGUCGCAAGUCUCCCGACCCGGAUAACCCUCGAUCGACCGUUGACCCUUACAUGGUUUCGAGAUAGCGGUGACCAGAUCACCACACUCGAAAUUAUACCAGUAGUUGAAGGAGGAAAACCCGUCACUUCUUUCGGAGAUAAUCGCAUACUCGUCCCAGUCGGGACCGAAACUCAGGGCGACAUAACCAUAACUCCCACUGUUACUGGCCUAUAUGGAUUCAACCUUCAGGCAGACCCUACAACUCCGCCCACGGUUGAGCCAGGUGUCGCUCUGCCUGUGAUGACACUAUUGUUUGUCAGUUCGGCCACGAGCUCUCACCCAAAUACUACCGGAACUCAGACAACGCCGCCCCCGACUACUUCAACCACUGCAAGCCCCUCAGUACCAGUCCCCACAACUACUUCUUCACCCACGAAGAAGCAAAACUCGGUGUUGAUCGUCGCCCUCGUCGUCGGACUCACCGCUGGAGUAAUCCUCUUCUUACUCGUUGCAUAUUUCAUUUGGCGCCGAAAACAAUCAAAGACGACGCAAGCCGUGGAAUAUGGUCCACUUGCAAUUACACCCUUUCAAGAAGCGAUAAUAAUGGGGUAUCCUUCUUCAUCUAAAAUCCACACCGAAUGCAAAAGGCUAGGGUCGAGCGGUCCAGCGUCUGCAUCGACAAUGUCGACGACAAGCUACACUCACAGUGGCACUACAUCGCCAUUACGAACUGAGACUCCCCAAGAUUUAUACCAAGGAACGAGCGAUUCGGUACCUUGGGUGAGAAGAGAACAGGAUGGUGGACGUGCGCCCGUUGAAGCGGUGGUGCUUCCACCGCAGUAUGAUAUUCGAUGGUGUAAUAAUUCGUGAAGGACUUGUAUAUGAUAGAUCUGAUUAAUUGUCAUUGGUAUUAGCAGCCGCCGA